AUUUUCUAAUGUAGAAUAUAUUGUGAUCAGCUAAUUAUCAUUUUUAGUGUCGAAGCAUAUUUUAAAUAAAUAUUGCUAUAAAAAUUGAUUGACAGUGAAAUUGAACAACUGUGUGAGAUGAUUGCAUACAAAUAACUCCAAUGAAGAAUAAUAGAAAAGCUGUUAAGAAGUUGUGCCAAGGUUUUAAAACUUAAAGAAAUAAUGUACAACAUAAUACCGUAAGAUAAAUUAAAAUGAGUAUUUGGCCAAAGAAUAAUCCUUGGUAAUGAGUUGGCCACAGGAAAUCAUAAAACUUUGGACUUUCUCGGGUCUUGAUAACUUCCCGAGAAUCAGAUUGAAGAUUUCAUUGAGCUGAGUCAAACUUUUAUCAAUAAAGUUGUUAAAUUUUUAAACACAACUUAACAAAAUGGAAGAUUACCUAAUCAGUCCCAAUAUGACCAGAUGGUCAUCAGAGUUAACAGCUCAUAAUUUUAAUAACUGCACAAAUAUGAAUUUAAGUUGCCAUGACUAUCCUUCGGACACAGACCCAGAAUUAAUUGAAAGGGUAGUGGAAGUGGUGGUGCCAAUGUUUUUUGGUCCCAUUGGAAUAAUUGGUCUUAUUGGCAACUCCCUAGUUGUAAUUGUUGUAGCACUUAAUCCUGGAAUGAGAUCAACGACCAACAUUCUUAUCAUCAAUCUUGCCAUUGCGGAUUUGCUUUUUGUGAUAUUUUGUAUCCCAUUUACUGCAACGGAUUUUGUUCUGAUGGACUGGCCAUUUGGCAACAUCUGGUGCAAGAUCGUGCAGUAUCUUAUUAUUGUUACAGUCUGCGCCAGUGUCUACACUCUAGUGCUUAUGAGUCUUGAUAGGUAUCUAGCUGUUGUGCACCCGAUAGCUUCCAUGACCGUGAGAACUGAAAAUCAUGCAUUUUUGGCCACUUGCUGUGCUUGGUUCAUCAUUUUAACGGGAUCAAUACCAGCACUUAUUAUUCACGAUGAGAUUUAUCCCUCAUUACAGGAACCAGGACAUAAGCCAAACCAAACCCUAUGUAGAAUUCGGAGCGAUGCUAACUGGCCUGUUUUUCAAGUUACUUUCUUCCUCGUUAGCUAUGUUAUACCUCUGACACUCAUCUGCGGUCUUUACAUCUGUAUGUUGAUCCGACUAUGGCGUGGAGCACGCACAAGUGCUGAAAGUCGUCGAGGCAGAAGGAGAGUCACUAGACUUGUAAUUGUCGUUGUUGGAGUUUUUGCCUUUUGUUGGUGUCCCAUCCAGCUUAUUCUCGUGGCUAAAUCCUUGAACUCUUAUCCUGUAAAUACGACGUCGGUGAUGAUUCAAGUGGCAAGUCAUGUGCUAGCUUAUAUGAACAGUUGUGUGAAUCCAAUUCUCUACGCAUUCCUCAGUGAUAACUUUAGAAAAGCUUUUCGUAAAAUUAUCUACUGCAGACCUAGAUAUGAUCCUACAGGAAUUGGUCCACCAACGAAAACCACAAGAGCUGCCAGCAGCGGCGACAUUCUUUAG